CAUCCAUCGAGCUCCUCACCGAAACCCCCUUCCCUAACAUUGUUUGCGAAAUAUCUCGCAUUUUGUUUUACAUCAUACAAUAGGCCAAUUAGACUCCCGGUUCAAGCGAAAAACCAAUUGGGAAGAUUGGAAAGAAGCUAAGAGGGGAAGAGCGGUAGAAAUCAAAGAAUAGGUGUAUGAGCUGAUAAGAAUAAUCCCCGAACUCGCUCAAGGCCUACUCAAGGCCUUUAGAGAAACAAGCCAGCAGUUACUUACACUCCAAAUAGACAAGGAAAUUCGCUUUCUGGACGACCGCAACGACAAGCUCAGCUCAAGCCAGGAGAUCGAUUCGCUAGAGGGAGUGCAGGGGAGACUUGAGCCGCAAAACCCGCAUAUCCAAAUAGUAACCUAGAGGGUGUACGGUAUUACAGAUUGGAAAUUAUGCGGCGGUUUAUGCGGGCGGGCGUGCAGAGGAUACGGGGCCCGGAUAAUCCGAAUAGAUUAAGGGCCAUCGAUGACAAAGGCGUGGCGCGGCAAAAGCAGAGAAAGUACGGUGAAGCCGAGGUGAUGCAUCGACGUGCAUUGGCUGGCAGAGAGAAAACUCUAGGGCUGGAUCAUCGAGAUACCUUACAGAGUGUCAAUAAUCUCGGUACGACUCUGCAUAGUCAAGGAAAGUACGAGGAAGCUGAGAUUAUGCAUCGACGUGCAUUGGCGGGCAGAGAGAAAACGCUCGGGCUCGACCAUCAAGAUACCUUACAGAGUGUCAAUAAUCUCGGUACAACUCUGCGUAGUCAAGACAAGUACGACGAAGCUGAGAUCAUGGAUCGACGUGCAUUGGCGGGUAGAGAGGAGUUGCUCGGGCUAGACCAUCGAGACACUUUACAGAGUGUCAAUAAUCUUGGCAUGACUCUGCGUAGUCAAGGAAAGUACGACGAAGCUGAGAUCAUGGAUCGUCGUGCCUUGGCGGGUAGAGAAGAGGUACUCGGGCUAGACGAUCAAGAUACUUUACAGAGUGUCAAUAAUCUCGGUACGACUCUGCAUAGUCAAGGAAAGUACAAGGAAGCUGAGAUCAUGGAUCGUCGUGCAUUGGCGGGUAGAGAGGAGUUGCUCGGGCUAGACGAUCCAGAUACCUUACAGAGUGUCAAUAAUCUCGGUGCGACUCUGCAUAGUCAAGGAAAGUACAAGGAAGCUGAGAUUAUGCAUCGACGUGCAUUGGCCGGCGGAGAGAAAACUCUCGGGUUUGACCAUCAAGACACCUUACAGAGUGCCGAUAAUCUUGGCGCGACUCUGCGUAAUCAAGGAAAGCACGACGAAGCUGAGAUCAUGGAUCGACGUGUAUUGGCGGGCAGAGAGAAAGCGCUCGGGUUAGAUCAUCGAUAUACCUUACUGAGUGUCAACAAUCUCGGUACGGCUUUGCGUAGUCAAGGAAAGUACGACGAAGCUGAGAUCAUGUAUCGACGUGCACUGGCGGGUAGAGAGAAAACGCUCGGACUAGAUCAUCCAGAUACCCUACAGAGUGUUCAAGAUCUAGGUGUGGCCCUGUAUCGCCAGGAAAAGUACGACGAGGCGGAGAUCAUGCACCGGCGUGCUUUUGCUGUCCUUGAGAAAACGCUCCGGGUGGAUCACCUGGAUAACUUGCAUAGUGCCAGUACUCCAGGUGCGGCGUUGCACGAUCAGAAAAAGAAAAGCGAAAUGGAGAUUAUGCAUCGAAAUGCAGCAGCUGGGGGGAGCGCGCAUAGAUCACGUCGCCCGGACGCCCUCCUAGGUGUUGUUGGACUAGCUGUGACGCUUCUUGCUGCGAGAAAAUAUGAAGAAGCUGAGAUCAUGUAUCGACAGGCCCUAAGGACUAUGGAAAAGGCUCUUGGACCAGAUCAUCCAGAUACCCUUGACACUAUGAAUACGCUCGGCGAAACGCUACUUGAGCUGGAAAAGUAUGACCAAGCGGAGGCUAUAUGCCAACGCGCAUUAGCGGGCAGAGGCAAAUCUCUAGGAGGAGACCAUCCAGCUACCCUUACAAGCGCCGAUAACGUUGGUCGGACAUUGUACCAUCAGAGAAAGUACGAAGAAGCGGAGUUGAUGUUUCGAUCUACGCAGGCGGGCAGAAAAAAGGUCCUCGGACUAUAUCAUCCAGAUACCAUACUGAGUGUUCUUCGCCUAGGUGUGACACUACUUGAUCAGAAAAAGUAUGGAGAAGCCGAGAUCAUGUAUCGACAUGCCCUUGAGGUUAUGGAGAAAGCCCUGGGGCCCGAUCAUCCGGAAGUCCUUGACAGCAUCAAUACGUUAGGUGAGACGCUUCUGGAUUUGAAAAAGUAUAGCGAAGCGGAAGUUAUGUGUCGACGUGCGCUGGUAGGCAGGGAGAAGACGCUUGGACCAGACCAUCGGGAUACCCUCAUAAGUGUCAAUAAUCUUGGUUUGGCGCUGCGUAAUCAGGAUAAGCACCACGAAGCGGAGAUCAGUUAUCGACGUGCGGCGAUGGGUGCCGAGAAGACGCUUGGGCUUGACCACCCAGACACCUUAAUGUGCAUAUAUAAUCUGGCUGGGACGUUGCACAAACAGAGAAGGUACGACGAGGCGGAGGUAAUGUAUCGGCGUGUGCUGGGAAGACGAGAGGGGGUUUUGGGGCUGGGUCAUCGACACACUAUUCGUAGCCUGAUUAAGCUAGGCACGGUACUCUAUGAGAAUGGAAAGUACAAGGAAGCGGAGAUUAUGUAUCGACUUGCAGUUACUAGGGCGGAGAGAUAUGGGGCCGGGCCAUCCUUCGACUCGAAAACCUUUUAAUUACCCCUCGACGUUUCUUUAUGCUCGGACGACAAGUGCCUUGGACGCAGCAUAUUGGCGAAGAUGAAGGCUUUGGGCUUACUCAGGGAUCAAAUCAUGUUGCCUGUUAUUUCAUGCAUCUUAAUCUUUUAAAUUUCUUUUUCCCCCAGCGUUUCCAGCUGUUAUAACGUCUAGUUCUUUUUGGUGGUGGAGAUGUUGGGUGAUCUAACUUUGCGAUAGGAGUUAAUUUAGCUUUGUAAUCUAAGAUCUAGUAAUUUAUUCCUUCCAUGUGA